AUGGUAGUACUAGAUAUAUCUAACGGAUAUCGCGACAUUCUUCUCCCUUUAGCAUGUGAAUAUCCUCUUAUACAACGUGCCGUGGGAGUGGUGGCCGCCCAACACCUGGCUCUUCAUCAACCCAGCUUCCAGGCCAUCGCGGAUCAAGGGAGAUCUAGCCUGAUCUCUCGUCUCAGCAGGGACUCUUUCCUUGAAUCACCACAUAAAGUAUUUAACCUCUCCACCUGGGCAACCUUGAUUAUCCUUCUCGUGGGUGAAACAAUCACCGGAAGCUCAGAAUAUUCUCAUCUACUGCAAACUUUGAUGUGCUUGGUGCGAAAUGUUGGCCAAAUAUCAUCUCUAUCCGCGCAAAAUUUCCUUGCCAAACAAACUCAUAUGUUUGAAUUCCUUGGCCAGCCUCUAUUGGGUGAACAAAAGGGUGUUGAGGCAUUGACCUUGCCACCUGAAAAUUAUCUUGACUGGACCUACUACGAUCUCCCUCUAGACUCAGAAUACAACCAUCUCCUCAAUAUCUCAAGAACGGCAUUCAUCAAAGCGUCGCAAAUUUACCUCGGUCGCGUGGGCUCAGAUCUAGACCAAUGGGGACAUUUGGAGAGUUUGAAAGACCUAGUCACGCAAAUAGGUCCAGAGCAGUUGGGCUCCCAUGCUCUAGUCUGGGUUUGCUUCAUUGCAGCUGCAGACAGCACCGACCCCGAACACCGAGACUUCUUCGUGGAUCGUAUGAAUAAAAUAUACGUACAAACAAAAUUCCAGAACAUUGCUGCCGGCAUGCAGGCAUUGCCAGGCAUUUGGUCACAACGUGGGUCUGGUGGGAGAUGGACAAGCAACCUGCGGCAGCUGGCCCCGACACUGAUUAUGUGA